AUGUGGGAUGAUCAUCUCAUCUUUCUAAAAUGGCUAGCUCGCGGCUGCGAAUAUCUUUCUUAUCCACCGCUUUACCCGCCAAUUGUGUUGACCUCUAGCUUGAAGAAUCAGAUUGGCAUUCUGUUCCAUAAAGGCUCUCCCAGUGGAAAAGAAAAAUUUGACACCACUCUCCCAAGGAGCUGUUACAUUCCUACGAUGUCCCCGAGAACUUCUGAGAUGCUGCGAAUGAGAGCCUAUGGAGACAGCAAAAACCAGCCUGCUCAAUUCGCAAAAACGAAACAUCUCUUCCUUCGACAAGACGUUGUCAAAUGCCAAACAGAGCUAGGAAGAGGAGACUGCGUUGAAGCUGGGUCGUGUAGAGGUUUUUUUGAAACGGACAGAACUUUGUGUCCUCAAGGAGAUGGUCCCAAAGAACCAUGGCCAUGUAUAGGACCUAAUGACGUUCAAUGCUGUGUGAAAAAUGAAAACAUUAACAAUAACUCCUCUGUAUCCACCUCACAUUCUACGACGUCAUCUACUACAUUUUCAUUGCCUCUUGCGACACCCUCAAUCCCAACUACUACAACCAUCCCUCCCACCGCUACACCCACCACCAGUACCAGCCCUCAACCUCUCAGCCGCGGUUCAGCAGGCUUGUCGACAGGCGCAAAAGGCGGCAUUGCUGGCGGCAUUGCCGCAGGAGUGCUCAUAAUAGGUCUUAUCGCAGUACUAUUUUUUGUGUUGGGAAGACAACGGAAUGCUAAUAUAAAGAUACCCGCAGCUGAGGAAGGAAGGCUGUCCCCUCUAACUGCAGCGGGAAAGAGGCAAGAGGAAAAUACGGUGACAGAAAAGGACGAUGAUACAUGCGAGAAGCCAGAGCUGCUUGGUGGCAGUCCGUUAUCUGAGUUACCGGCUAAUUUUCUCACUGGUGAGCUGGACUCGUCAGUAUUGGGAGGGAAGGCUAAAAGUGAUGCAGGUGAGAGCACUUUAGCAGCAGCUCAGGAAAGAUCGAGAGCUCCUGUGGAGCUUCCGGCUGAUGCUUGA